AUGGUCACACCAGACUGCGCCGCGAACCCGGCCGACCCGUUUUGCACAAAUCCAAGGAACGUGAGCGCCGAGAACCGCCGUAUAUCGUCCCUCUACGACAACGACCUGCUGUGCUCCGAGUGCUUCCUCAAGCUCUUGUACGCCCGCGUCACGUCCGCGUUCCUCCCCGGUGUCGACUACUCGGACUACCUGGUCGGGGAGUUCCAAGACAUCCAGGAGGUCUGCCAGACUACCGUCGGCGAGCUGGCCACCAGGGUACUGCCCAACUACCCCCAUACAACGGACGGGGACGUCACUCCCAUCAGGACGGAGGUCACGUCUACCGAGACGGACGCCCCGGCGCCGACAACCACCUCGGAGCCCGUCCCGACCAAGGCCCCGGUGCCGGACACGGAAGAGGGCUGCGAAGCUGUGGGCUGGCAAUGGGUCGACGUCCUCGUCAUGGAAGAAUCCACCAUCGCGCAGACGGAGCUUGAGUUCUGCAACGAGAUUGCCGAAAUCUAUGGCGUAGCGACGGGCGAUUUGAUGUAUACGACAAACACCCCCGGGUGCGCUGUUUUAGAUGGCUGGUCUUGCGUCUCCCCGUCUUGUCAGUUGCUCCGAGUCAGCGAGAGCUCUACCUGCGCAUCGAUUGCGGAAUCCGCAUCCAACGCAACCCACAUCGUCAACGCGGUUCAGAUAGCCACCUGGAACCCGCAUAUUCUCGGUGCUUGUGAUCAUCUGGUCAAAGAUCAGUACGUCUGCAUAGAUCGCCCAGGUGGCUCUUGGACUGGCCCGCCUGCCAGCGAGAUCCCAGACGACAGCGAUGGUCCUGUGCGCGGCGGUCCUGGUUCCACACCCACGCUUCCCAUCAUUGACAAUCCCGAUACGCCACCGGAGCCGGCCCAAGAAGGCAUCUCCUCGGUCUGCAAGCGCUACGUGUUUGCGGACAAGGGCGCCUCGUGCUGGAAAGUAUCAAACGAUGGCGGCAUUACCCAAAAGAGACUAUUCGAGCUGAACCCGGUUUUGGGCACCAACGGGGAGAACUGCGACACCAUGCUCUGGCUCAACUACUACUACUGCGUCGGCACCGAGAGCCUGGGCUCGCCUACCACGACAGUGGCAAGGACGACAUCGCCCACAAUCUCCCCAACAGCGUCUCCUACGAGCGCUCCAAAGCCGUCUCCGACUCAGGAAGGCAUCGUGGGCAACUGCAACAAGUGGGUGCAGGCCGUGGCCGGCGACUACUGUUCGAAACUGGCCAACGACGCCGGCAUCGACACGGCCCUGUUCUACCAGUGGAAUACCGUCCUCGGAUCCGGGGGCGAGAACUGCGGCACCAUGAUAUGGCCGGACUACUACUACUGCAUUGGCGUCUCUUCGGGCAGCGCCACCACUUCGUCGCCUCCUACGACGACGUCCGCCGGUCCCGCAAAGCCGACUGCCACUCACGCAGGCAUCCCGGCAAACUGCAGCACGUUUGCCGAGGCGCCCGCGCAAGGCGCGUCUUGUUGGCAGUUGGCGACCGAUAACGGCAUCGAGCCGAGCCGGUUGUACCAGCUCAACCCCUCGCUCGGCACCAACGGGGAGAAUUGCAGCACCAUGAUCUGGCCAGGUUAUUUCUACUGUGUGAGCGUAGCAUAG